UAUAUAAACCUUCUGUGUGGCUUCAUGUUGUUUCUAAAAUGUCAUAUUUCCUGUUUUGAAGGUUGAAACCCAACAACAAUCUGCUUCAUCUGUGUUUGUGUUGCAGACUGUGGUGUGAACUGUCAUAAACAAUGCCGGGAGCUGCUGGUUCUGGCCUGCAGGAAACUGAUUCGCUCCGGAUCCAUGAGCAGCGUCUCCCCGGCCAGACUGAGUCACAGCUCGCUGCCCAGCAGCCCCUCACUGCCCACAUGUAAAGAUGAUGACGAUGUGUUCGAGUUCCCGGCUGUUGCUACAGGUCCAGCUUUGGACACCCCGUCCCAACCGUCUAUCACCCUGAUGACCGGCUCAGCUCAGAGAAUUUCUGUGCGCCUGCAGAGGGCCACCAUCACCCAGGCCACCCAGACCGAGCCUCUGUGGCCUGAGCUCAGCUGGGGGGGCACAGAGAACGGCUCGCACACUUUUCCUAAAAUGAAAUACAGAACUCACAGAAAAGCAUCUAAAAGUAAAGGGUUAGCCUGCUGGGAAAACCUGAAAGUGCAGCACCGACCCGUUUCCUCUGAAUGCAGCUCAGAGUCCACCCAGAAUGGGGCGCCACACCUAAGGAAGGACAGCUGACUUAGCUGCAACAAGAGCAGAUUCUGCAUGACCGCAACCAGAACAAGGAGGCUCUUCUCACUUGGGAAGGCUCUAAGCUGCUGGAAAUCGGCCUUCAAUGACCUCAGGUUACUUAGUAGACGUGGUGGACAUGCAGCUCGGUGGUUAACGAACGACUGCUGUAAGGAACUCAGAUGAACCAGUGCAAAACAAAGACUCCAGUCUUGAGUUUGAUGCAACAAUCAAACAGGAUGCAUAUGUGCACGAGGUCCAGCUGAGAGAAUCGGCUCCAACAGGACAAAGUUUUAACGCUUGGAUGAGAGGUGAAAGUGGUAAAAAAGGGGACUUGAACAAAAACGUUGUUCCAGCAGUCAAAUGAGCAAAGUUUAUUGUAAAUAUUUCCAUGUUGAGCUGACACAGGGGAAACAUCAAUAAAAAGUGCAGCAAAUUAAAAGGUUUAUAGUCUUAUAGUUUACUGGGAAACUACAGCAGAGAUUAUCAGGGAAACAGGUAGGAAGGUGCUAGGUGUGUCAUCUGGAAAGAGGAAAGACGGUAAAGACAC